GGAUGUUUGUUAGUUUUUGAGCAUGAAAAUAAAAAAAUUUUUUAUCAUGAAUUGGAAUUCUCAAAGGAUGAUUCUGAUACUUCAUCUGUAGAUCAAACAAUUGUGUGUGGUAUACAGCAUCAUAUUUUUAUUUCUGACACUGAAGUGAUAGCAGAACUUUGGAUGGAACCUUUACAACAUUCCCAAAUGAGGAAUCGUUGUGAAUCAUUUACCAAUAAAAUAUUUGCUGCGGAUAGAUUGAAAUUAUCGCAAUUAGUAACGUUCGAUCAAAUUAGUUAUAUCGCAAGGUCCCGUAUGAAACAACAUCCUCAGGCGUUGUCCUUGACUACACUAAGAACAUUCAACCCGUCAAAAUUAUUUCAAUUAUCUGUAUUGCUUCGUUCCAGUGGACUAAUCGUCGCAAAUUACAAUCUUCCCUUAUUUUUGUUUAGACAAUCCAAUAAUAGUCAGUCACAAAAUUUUGCUAUUCGCACACAACAGUCUGAGAGAUUGGUUUCUUCCGGAAGCAAUGAUUUGAAUUACAGUGACUCUAGAGCUCAAUCAGAGAGUAGUCCUUAUUUACGACGUGGCAGCGUUAGUCAUAAAAACUCACCUUUUGAAGCGACAGCGCAAAGAAAACUUUCCAUUUCCAUUCUUAAUGAUUUCAAUAAAGAUAUAGCUUAUUUGGUUGAUCGAGAUUUGGUUGCAAAAUUAGGGCCUUCUAAUAGAGAUUUUGCCUUAUUGCACUUAUUCAUUGAGAAAAAUUUGAGCAAAUAUGCUGAUGGUGAAGUUGAUACGACUGUCGAUAAUUGCAAAGAUUCAAUUAUUUUGAAAGAUAUAAAUAACGGAUUGUCAAUAGCCGAAUUACUACAAGGCGCUAUGACAACUAUUGCUUAUGCAUUAAAUCUUCACGAGACUCGAUGCUUUAUUAAAAUCGUGAACUCUGGUUCCUUCCUUCUUAUUUUCAUACCCACCUUUAAAGUAUUGUUGGAUGCAAUGGUCCAACAUAAUGGUAUAUAUGCAGAAAAUAAGAUUACAUAUUUUGGGAUACUAAUAUUUUUGUGUAAACGACCAGAGCCGUUGCUUG